AUGAGCCGCAGCCUGGGUAUCCCGGUGAAGCUGCUGCACGAGGCGGCGGGGCAUGUGGUGGUGGUGGAGCUCAAGACCAGUGAGGUCUACCGGGGCUCCAUGAUCGAGUGCGAGGACAACUGGAACUGCCAGAUCGAGAACAUCACAUUCACACCAAAGGAUGGAAAGGUGUCGCAGCUGGAGCACGUCUUCAUCAGGGGCAGCAGGGUCCGGUUCAUGACCAUCCCCGACAUGCUCAAGAACGCGCCCAUGUUCAAGCGCCUAGAGGGCAAGGGGUCGGCCAUCGGCGUCGGGCGUGGCCGCGCUGUCGCCAUGCGUGCCCGGAGUGUGCUGAUUGAGCCAACCAGUGGCAACAUAGGCAUUGGGCUGGCCUUCAUGGCUGUUGCCAAGGGUUACAGACUUGUACUCACGAUGCCCGCCUCCAUGAGUAUGGAGAGGAGAAUCAUCCUGAAGGCUUUUGGUGCUGAGCUGAUCCUCACAGACCCACUUUUGGGAAUGAAAGGAGCUAUAUCAUUCGAAAGUUCUAGUUGGCUGCUAGUGCAACUAAUGGUCUAUUGGCAGAUGGCUGCUAGUGCUAGGGUGGAUGAAGAUGCAUUUCAAACUGUGCAAGGAAUGCUCGUGUUGUCAGGAGUUUCGUGA